GGGGUGGUCACGGUCUCGGACGCCUCGGAGUUCGGGGGCGGCGUCUGCGCGUCCACGAGCCUCCGCGGGGAGGCGGCAUCGGCGCUCAAGUCCAUGGGCCAGGUCGCUGAUCACCUCGGCGCGGGCGCCCGGCUGCUCAACAUGCCUGGGGACCCGCGGUGCCCCUGGACCGUGUCUAACCCGAGGAUCCCGAGGUCAGUCGUUUUGAAGGUGCCCAAUGUCCUAGUCGUAGGGUUCGUUGACGGCAUCGGCGGCCUCGCGGUGUCGCUCUCGAGGUUGCCCGUCUGGACCGUCGCCCAUGUCACCGCCGAAACCGACGCGAAGGCCAGGACCUUUUUUGACAUGUUCUCGGAGACGGUGGCCGCGUGCGUCGCUGGCGCGGGCAGCCCGUGCCAGGACCUCUCGCGGCUCAACGCGAGCGGUGGAGGCCUGCAUGGCCGCAAGAGCUCCUUGUUCUACGAGGUGCCCAGGAUCUUCCGGCUCUCGCAGCAGGCGUUCGAGCGGCGGUUCUACUCGCUGCUCGAGAACGUGGCGAGCAUGACGGACGAAAACCUCAAGGUCCAGGUGGCGCCGCCGCUGCGCCAUGUCGACGAGGGCUGCUACCUCGAGGUCAUGGCAGACAACGGGCCGCUGCUGGACAUCGAGAGGGAGGACCAGGGGUUUCGCUGGGGCGGGCGCCCGCUCCCCUUCCCAACGCUGGCGCGCUGCAGGCCGCCCCCAAGCUUCCCGUCGGCGCCGCGCGGCCUGGCCUCGGCAUCAGGCGAGGCGCGAGCGCGCUGGCAGGCCGAUUCGCCCCGCUAUCACGUUGCGCUGUACGAGGAGGAAAAUCUCGUCCAGGAUUGUUCUGCGAGGCCGCCAGGGAGGCUGCCAAGCUGCACGGAAAGAGAACGGUUACUCGGGUUCGAUGUGGGUUACACCGCUGUAGCCACGAAGGGCUCGAACCCGCGGGCCGCCUCGAACGCCGGGGCCUUCCUGCUCGGGAGCAGCUUCAGCGCCUAUGCGGUUGCGCGGGCUCUGCAGCGCGCCCUCUUGGCGGAGCCCGCUUUGGCGCGCCCCCUGCACGUGCCCGGGGAAGCCGGGCGCCUCGUCCUCCAUCACCUGGGCCGCGCGGAGAAGGGGGGCUCGGACGCGCUGCUGGAUUGCGUACGGCGUGGCUGGCGAGCGCGGAAGUCAGCCCGGCGCUGCGCGCGGCGGCCCCACUUCGUCGACAAUCAAGUCGCGGCGGCCAUCGUGACCAAGGGUCGCAGCAGCAGCCGCCGUUUGCAGCCGGCGCUGAGGCGCUGGAUGGCCGCGGCGAUCGCGGCGGACAUGCGCCCGCUGAUCGGCCACGUGGCCUCGGAGGACAACCCGGCAAACGAGCCGUCGCGCAAGCUGUGGCGUGGCUCACGGCUCAGGAAGCGCGGCGAGCAGACCUUCACCUCGCUGCGCGUGGGGUAUGCGACGCGGGCGAGGUGCACUCGCGCGGCGCAGGACCUGCUGAGGCACUACGGGGUGGGCCCUCAGCAGGCGCGCGCCCUGGGCGACGAGGCGGAGGACGCUGGCAGCCUGAUCGCUGGCUAUUUGUUGGGGGCGAUUUGGCAGGCAGGGGCGGAGGUCGCGCCGGCGAGCAACACCGUCGCGGGCGCGUGCUUCCUGCUGCCCAAGCUGCGGCGGAUGCUGGAUCUGUCGCGGGCGCUGCUGAAGGUUCAGCGUCGAGCGGAGCCUGCAGAGCGGGCGCUGCCGCUCGCGCCCGAUAUCGCCGCGGCCACGGCGAGCCUGGCGGCGCAGGCCGGAGCGUUCGACGUGGGUUGCCUGCUGCUCAUCAGCUUCGAUGGCCUGCUGCGCGGUGGCGAGGCCCCUGCGCUGACGGCGGACGACGUCCUCGACCGCGGCGACUCCAUCGCGCUGCGGAUCAGGACGUUCAAGACCACGGCGGGCAAGGACGCCGCAGAGGCCGUCGUCAUCCGGUCAGCGGCGGCCAAGGCGAUGCUCAGGCUAGUCGCGCAGCGGCGGCCCUCAGGCGAAGCUCUUUCGCGGAGGUCGCCCGUCCAGCUCAGGGGCGCGCUGGCGGCCCCCACGCGCGGCCCGGGCCUUCCCGGGCGCUUUUCGCGGCACUCCGCCCGGCGAGGAGGCGCCUCGGACUUCCCCCUGCGGUCGUCUUCUACGGGGGCCACGCCCGCGAAGGGCAGGUUGGUUAGCAGCGUGGCGGCCCGCGUCUGCAUCGAGGGUGCUGCGGCACACCUCGCGCGCGCGCGGCCCGAAGACCAG